GACGAUAAAAGUACCCAUCAAGACAGUUUGUUACCGAUGUUCAGCACGUCGCAAGGAUUCGUUGACGAAUGCUAGAAAGAAUUGUGGCCAUGCUGAUGACGUGACAACAAGAUAACGACGAAAGCAUUACACCUCAUAAUAUCGUCAAAAAUAGCAUCAUCGUCUGUUUGGGGCAGACAACAACUUGAAAGCAGAACUAUGUCGAAGUCGAAGUCGAAGUCGAAGCUCCAUUCCUCUUCCAAGAAGAAGCGCAAGCGUGAAGACGAAAAACCCUUGGCCUUGACAUCCGUGGGGAUUGAGUCAAAUGAUAAGCAGGAAUAUUUUGACGAGAAAGGUACAACAACGGAAACCAUAGCAGAUGAUAAUAACACUGACAAGAGUAGUAAAAGGAAUAAAAAGCAAAACAAGAAAAGAAAGAAGAGGAAAAUUGAGGACAAGGAACAACACUGUUCUUCUUUGAAAGAAAAAAAUUCGACUGAUUAUGAUACAAACGGUGUCACCAAUCGUGCAGAAAAUUCACCACCCUCAUUGCAGCAGGAAACAGCCACGGAUAGAGCACCAAGCUCUAAAAAGAAAAAACGGAAAAAGAAAAAAAAUAAUAAGAUAUCCGAACAAAAUUCUCCUGGGAAGAACAAGGACGAGGAUGUCGAGCAUUUCGAUAACACCAACUACAACGAUGUGAUAAACGAUGAAGUCGUGUUGGAAGGUGCCAUGAUAUCGGAACUCUUUGUUUUGAUAGAUCGCAAAGGAGGAAAAGUUUACUCUGCAACAGAACAAAGGCUGGAGAACGGAAAUCGACAGCAAAUCGGUUGUUUAGAUGGAAAUGGUGGGGUUGUGAUAUUUCAAAAAACCGAAGAAAAAGAUAAAGGUACGCUUCAUACCUAUGUUUCUCUCUCUCUCUCUCGGCGUAUCGAAAGAAACUCAAUAUUGCAUGUAUCGAAGCCGGCUUGAACUUUCAUCCAUAGUUCUCAGCCGGUCAAAUAUCGUGCUAGAAGAGUGUUUGUACCCUUUGAAGUUUGACUAGAGUGAGAUUUGGUAGGCGAUAGAAGGGAAAGAGCCAAAAUGGUUGUUUGUCGUUACAUCGAAAACGAAGUCUUCCUGUUGUCUUUCUUCCUAUUUUGGGUUCAUACCAUCGGUUGGGUGUGACGUUUGAAUAGACAUUGUGCAACGGAAACGUUCUCAAUAUCCUUUGGUACAUUUAUUCUCUCCAUGUUUUAUGUCCUUUACAAAAAAUGCGUUACGCAAUAUAUUUGCCGCGCAAAUAGACCUAAAUUCAUCGUCCAACACAGGUGGGCAUAUCAACGGGAAUCCUUCGACGGCUUUUCCUUACGAGGUUGAUCCAGAUGAUCACUGCGAGUCUCCUCUCGAAGCCUACGAGGAUAUUGUUCCUUUGCUACAAUCGUACAGCCGGUGGAUACGCAAAGAAUCAAUCAACGAGCUUUCCAUUUACGAUCCCUACUUUUGCGAUGGUCGCGUCGCCCGUCAGCUAAACUCCUUGGGUUUCCCUGAAGUCUACAAUCGUAAGGAAGAUUGUUACGAGGUUUGGAAGGAUCCCUCGAUAUAUCCUAGCUACGAUGUCUUUCUUACGAAUCCACCGUAUAGUGCUGAUCACAUAGAAAUGCUGAUGAAGCACGUCACGAGCAAGAAGAACCAAAACAAGCCCUGGAUGUUGUUGAUGCCAAACUUUGUGCACAAGAAAGACUAUUUCCAAAAACUUACAUCUAAUGCAGGGCAACUACCGAUAUAUUUGGUUCCAAGGAAACGAUAUAUUUAUUUGGUGAGUUUGCUAUCAAAUUGAGCCUCGUCACGUCAGGAAGUUCUAUUCCCAUAGUUGUUAAGCACUGCGUACUUUCCACCGUGUUUGUUCUUGCAUCAUUCUCAAAAAUCCUUCUCGCCGCCUAUCGUUGACACAGCCCCCUCCCAAUAUGCGGGAAAAAAAGGCAAGUUCGACACACAAAAAGUCUUCCCCUUUCGUCAGCAUGUGGUAUCUCUGGGGUGGUAGUUGGGACGUGACUAAUGAAUGGUAUCGUAUGUUACGGGAAGAUCAAAAUGAGAAAUUUGAUGUAGCCCGAAGCAAGAGUGCGCUGCGAGACUUGCGGCGCAAACCAAAAAACUGAAAUGAUUAUUAUCUCAGAAGUUCGUGCCCAUUGGGUUGAAUAUCCUUUUAAAUAGAAUUUACAUUUCAAA